AAGUGUAGUAACUGAACUUAUGACAACGAUCAGAGGGAGACCGCUGGAGGAAGAGUGAUUAAAGAUCGACCAAAACACCUUGAGAGGAGUCUCCUAUAAUUGGAUCAUCGGCUUUCCUGCCAUCUCUCCCUGUCUCCAUUGGUGACAGUGCCUAACAACCAUCGCCAUGGGUGAAAUGGAGCAAUUGAGAAAGGAGGCGGACAGUCUCAAAGACCAGAUCACUGCAGCUCGUAAGGGGGUGCAGGACACCACGCUGCAGGAAGCAGCAGCUGGGAUCAGCGUGGUGGGGCGUGUCCAGUUGAAGACCAGAAAAACACUACGGGGUCACCUUGCCAAGAUCUACGCUAUGCACUGGGGCGCUGACUCCACGCUGUGUGUCAGUGCCUCACAAGAUGGAAAACUCAUAGUGUGGGACAGCAUCACAACCAACAAGGUGAAUGCCAUCCCCCUCAAGUCCUCGUGGGUGAUGACUUGCGCCUAUGCACCUUCGGGGAACCUCGUGGCUUGUGGCGGUCUGGACAACAUGUGCUCCAUCUACAACCUCAAGGGAAAAGACGGAAACGUCAAGGUCAUGCGUGAGCUGGCGGCACACACAGGCUACCUGUCCUGCUGCCGUUUCCUCAGUGACAGUGAGAUCAUCACCAGCUCUGGAGACUGCACUUGCGUACUAUGGGACAUUGAGACAGGGACCCAAAAGACCGUCUUUGCAGGACACCAGGGAGACUGCAUGUCCCUGGCUGUGUCCCCAGACUUCAAGUUUUUCAUCUCAGGGGCGUGUGACUUCACGGCCAAGCUGUGGGACAUCAGGGAGGCCCAAUGCAGACAGACCUUUGGAGGCCACGAGAGUGACAUCAACGCAAUUGGGUUCUUCCCUAAUGGUAACGCAGUGAUAACAGGCUCGGAUGACGCCACCUGUAAGCUGUACGACCUGCGAGCCGACCAGGACCUCAUCACCUACCAGGACUCCAGCAUCAUGUGCGGGGUGACCUCCCUGGCCCCCUCCUUGUCUGGACGCCUCCUACUGGCCGGCUACGACGACUUCAAUGUCAACAUCUGGGACGCACUUAAAUCGGAGAGAGUGGGAGUGCUGGCUGGUCACGACAACAGAGUGAGCUGCAUCGGAGUGUCCUCAGAUGGGAUGGCGUGUUGCACAGGAUCCUGGGACAGCUUCCUCAAGAUAUGGAACUGAGGCUGUUCCUCAUCAGCGAGCAGAGAGAGAGAGCAGCCUGGGAGAAAGUGAAGAAGAUAAAAAAAAGAAAUUGGAGUUUGAGGGAGGGGAUGAGAGACGAGGAGCCGCAUAGGGUGAGAAGAGGGUAUUUUAAUUGUGCCAAGUCCUAUCUAAUGUUGGAGAGGGGUUUAAUGUGAAGAUUUUCUCCUCUCACAUUGCGCUCUC